AAUAACUCCACGCUGUCUGAUGGUGCUUUAUUCGUUCAGCUGUAAACACAAAAGGGAAAAUGGCAGUCUUUAGUUAAAAGAAAAAGGCGAAUGUCUGCAUUCUACUCCAGCGAGAUUGUAACCACGUGAUUUAAGAUGACGUAAAAAUAGUGAGAAGCCAAAUUUUUCGUGCUGCCAGUCAACCGGCUUUGAAAACACGUUUAUUUGCUGAAAUAAAUGUCACUGAGAUGAAUGUUUAUAUAAUUACGUCAAUUGGUCUUAUACUCAAUUUGAUACAAAACACCAAAGCUUACGAAUGUUCUUCCAGUGAAUCUAUAGCUUGUGGUAAAGAAAUUCAAGAUCUUAAGUCCGAGAGUUACCGUUAUCACUACGCAAGCGAUGAUGAAACGCUUACUGAGAUGUGCAGGAAGCAAUUUGUUGCGGUGAAAUGUGUGAAUUCCUUUGCUGAAGAAUGCUUGCCGAAGGAUGAACGGGCCCAAUUUGAACUAAUGAUUCAAGGAGCACACAAAUUUAUCAAUGAUUUUUGUUUUGAAAACGGCUCGAUGAGAAAACAAUAUCUGAAACACUCUCUUUGUCUAAGAUCCAUCUCUAAUGAAUUGGACAGCUGCACAGAAAAGUAUCUAGCUAUGCAGAAAAAGAUCGAUUCUGAAGUCUUUGAAGGAGACCUAUUACUUCAGAAGACUUGCUGCAUCUAUUUUGAAAACAUUCGAUGUUCGGAAAAUAUAUCUUCUUUGAUCUGUGGGAAUGAAGCUGCUGAUCUUGUUACGCAACUUCUAACACUUCUUAGUGGAACAUUCUUAAGUGAGCGCUGCACAUUGUUUUCCAACUACGACUCCAGUAGCUGUUCUUUAAUUUCGAAAAGUGUGGUAUUGGUUCCUAAUCAAACAGUGUUGAUAAUUUUAUUUCUUAUGACACAUAAGAGUUUUCAACAUUAGCACAAAAACUUAAACUUAGAAAUAUGUGUUUAAUCAUUUCAUUCUGUAGCAUCUAGUUGGCCAUUUACAUUUUGUUACGUACU